GUUGCUAGGCGACGGCCCAAACAAAACCCCCGGCAAAGCCGCGAUGGCAACGCAUUUCAGCUCGGGGCAGUACGAAGAUGCCUAUAACCCGCGGAAUUUGCAAAGCUGGAGUCUUCCCAAGGUUACUAAGGCGCAUCCUUCAGCCCGGGAAGGAUUUACUCAAAUUAUAGCCAAUGACAGAGGUCACUUGCUACCUUCCAUCCCCCGCUCUAAGGCUUCCCCUUGGGGUACCUAUAUGACCACUUGGGAUAUGCCCCUCAAAAUCCCACCGGCCAAGGUCUCGCUCACCUCCCGCUCCAUUGACGCGGCCGCCCGGCUCACCGAAUGGAUGAAUAAAUCGGCAGCCUUAAGCCAAGCCUGCAACGGAUUGUGUCCAGAAAUUGUCGGCAAGCCUUCCAUCCCCGUGAUCAAAGAAGUCCUCUCUAAACCCACUCGGACUUCCGGUAAAACAUCCGAGCGACCCGUCUCAUCUGGGAAGAUGCCGGCUUUCGAAGAGGUCGGUUCCCGGGUAGGGGCUACCCCCAGCGGCCCGCUUUCCCGCCAGCCCGGCAGCAUGGACCUCCGCCUGAAAGAUGUCAGUGGGCCAGACGUCCAGGACGCCUACGAAUUGGAGGCCAAGCCCCCCAAGGAGAGAAGCAACGACGAUAUCCCGCUGUCCCGCCAACCGGGUUGCAUGGAUCUCCGUCUGAAGGACACCAGCCCCCAGCUGCCUGCAUCCAACCGCCCCGGCUCGCGGGAUCCCACCCCGAGGCGGACGAUCUCCGCCGAGGCCCCUCCGUCCGGUCGACCCCGGUCCCGGGAAGCGAGGCCCAAAGGCUUAGGAACCCCCGAGCCUUUGUCUCCCUGCCGUCCGGGGUCACUGGAGGUCAAUCCUCGGGGUGGAUCUCCCUGCCGUCCGGGGCCCCUGGAAGUGAACCCUUGUCCGGGGUCUCUGGAGGUCAAUCCUCGAGGUGACCGUUCGCCGGAGGCUUUGCCCUCCAGCCGGCCACUUCCGAAAAGCAGGCAGGGGUUGGAAGUGCCGAAGACGGGAAGCUCCGAAAGGAAUGCGUCCCGACCCCUUUCCUCCACAUAAAUCUUCCCGGAAGGCCAGAUUUAAUAAAAGAAAGGAAAACAAAAACAAAAAGAAAUCAAUUACCAAUGCUUAAAAAAAAGUGGAAAGCACCAGCCUUUUAAAUGCCUUUCUUUCUGUGUUUUUUUUUUUUUUCCCCUUUUUUGUGGUGGUUUUGCACUCAUCCCCGUUCAGAUCGAUUUUCCCACGCCUCCCCCCAAUACUCAAUCUCAAAUGUCCCAUUUGCGUCUUAGCAAAUUGGCUAAGAGAGCUCCCCCCUCCAAAAAAUAGGGCUGGUUUUGCCAACGUGCGUCUCCCGGGCUUCGGUCAUCCUCGUGCAUGCUCUGGGAAACGAGACGGCGGUGGGAGGUUCAACCAUCCGUGGGAUACCAAACACAAGUGCAAGGGUUCGAAAGAAAUCGCAGGGGGCGGCCGGACAAUGGAAGGGUGCCGUUUUUAACACCGGAGGUUUUGUUUUUUUCUUAAUAAUUAAUAAAGCUAAUUGGCCGUUGAA